GUUCACCAUUCCUUUCAAACGUCUCUUUCUCCUUUAUUCACGAUGUUUCGCAGCGCCUAGACUUUGCUUCCUCUCAAACAUCUCCUCUUCUUCUUUAUUUAUAGUAGCUACACAGUUGCAGUAAAACACUCCAAAGCACUCGAUGGCGCCGAUGACGAAGUUAUUUUUGUUAGGUGUUAUUCCCCUCUUUCUUCUCCGCUUCUGCUGCAGAUGUAUCCACAGCGAGAGGGAAGCCCUUCUUCGCAUUAAAGACGCCCUAAAUGACUCCCCUGAUUCCAGAAUACACUCGUGGGAGAAUGGAACAGAUUGUUGCUACUGGGAAGGCAUAUCCUGCAAUAACACCACAUAUCAUGUAGACGGUGUUCGUCUGAGUGUUCUUUACACUGCAUGGCAUUUCGUUGAAGGAGACAUCAUAUGGCAGAGCUUGUGCACCCUCAUUUUUCUUGAAACUAUAGACCUCUCUCACAGUUUAAUAUCAGGUACUCUUCCUCCCUGCUUGGAAAACCUGUCUUCUCUCACAACACUAGAUUUAAGCUUUACUAGUUUGAGUGGGAAAAUUCCAUUGCUCUUUGAAAACAUGUCUUCUCUUACAUACCUGGAUUUAGCUGGUAAUAGCUUCAAUGGGAACAUAACAUUGCUCUUUGAAAACGUGUCUUCUCUCACAUACCUGGAUUUAAGUGGUAAUAGCAUGACUGGGAACAUUCCAUUGUCCUUUGCAAACAUGUCUUCUCUCACACACCUGGGUUUAAGUGGUAAUACGCUGAGUGAGAACAUUCCAUCUCCCCUUGCAAACAUGUCUUCUCUUGCUGUCCUUAUAUUAUAUGAUAACAAUCUGAAAGGCGAAACCGUCUUCAGUACUAUUUGCAUUCUCACGAACCUUACUGAAGUUAAUCUUAGCUUAAACAACUUGAAUGGAAGCUUACCAUCUUGUCUAGGUAGUCUCUCUUCUCUAACUAAACUGGAUCUUUCUUACAACAAUCUCCUCAGUACUAUUUGUAUGCUCACGAGCCUUAGCGAACUUGAUCUUAGUUACAACAAACUGAAUGGAUGCCUACCAUCUUGUCUGGGUAGUCUUUCUUUUCUAAGAGUACUAACUCUUUCUAACAAUCACUUGAGUGGCAAUAUCCCAUAUUCUUUAGGCAACAUUUCCUCGCUCUCUCAUUUUGACGUUUCUUAUAAUGAUUUAACUGGCUGUAUCCUAGAUUCCUGGGGCGUCUCUCUUCACUUAAAUACUUGGAUCUGUCUUACAACCAGCUAAAUGGAACUCUUCCCUCCUCAUUUUCAAAGCUUUCCUCCCUAACCUACCUGGAUAUUAAGGGGAAUGCAUUCAAGGUAAGCAUUGCUUCCUCAGCACUACCCUCGUCAUUAAAAACUCUCCAUCUCACAUUAAAUGACCAUCAGCUUAUUUCAGAGGCUUUCUUUCAGAACCUUAGCAAAUUAGUGGACUUGUCCUUGUCCAAUUGUGAACUUCAUAUCACAGCUACCUGGAUUCCCUCGUUUCAAUUAUCUAGCUUAUAUAUCACAUCAUGUAAGAUAGAUGGUCAAAUCCCGUCAUGGAUUUCGACUCAGUUCUCACAUCAUGUAAGAUAGAUGGUCAAAUCCCGUCAUGGAUUUCGACUCAGUUAUCACUUAUAGAGUUGCAAUUAGCUAGCAACAAUCUUGUUGGAGAAAUUCCUUCUUGGCUCAUGGAUAUGAAUCGUCUAUAGUACAUAAAUCUCACAGAAAAUCAACUGGAAGGUGGCCUUUUGCUAAAUACAUCAGCUAGGAAUCCAUUAGGGGUCUUGGAUGUGUCUCACAAUGCAUUAUGUGGACAACAACCAUCAAUUUGGCUUCCUAAUGUACAUGUAUUGUUGCUCAACCACAAUUUCCUUACGGGAAAUAUUCCUUCAAGCUUACAGUUUAGCUCUUCGCUGAUAAUGUUGAAUUUGGCAAAUAAUUACUUGAAUGGAAUGAUUCCUCAAAGCUUAGUGAAUUGUUCCGAGGUUCAAAUGUUGAAUUUGGGGGAUGACAAUUUGGGAGGAAUUAUUCCAUAUGAGUUUGGUGAGCUAAGGAAACUACUUGCACUAGUGAUGAAAAAUAACCAGCUGAAUGGAUCAUUCCCUUCCUCCAUAUCAAACUGCACAGAUUUAUAUUUCCUAGAUGUUGGGCAAAACUUGUUGAAAGGCCACAUUCCAAAGUCAAUUGGAAACCUUUCAAAGCUGAAUGUCUUAGCAAUGAGGAAGAAUAAUUUUGAAGGUAAUAUUCCUCCUGAAAUUGGACAGCUGAAGUUCCUCCAGAUCUUGGAUCUUUCUUCAAAUCGCCUAUCAGAGUCUAUACCAUGUAGCAUUUUCAGUUUACAAGCAAUGUUGGCAGAGCCACAACAAGAAUUUAGCUUGAUUCAGGUUUAUUCAUUUGCCCUGCCACCACUCAUGGAAUUUGACUUCGGGAUAUCUUACAUGUUGGAGUUUGAGUUCCAGAUAUCUUACAUGUUUAAGUACAACUUGAAUAUGGAUUCCAAAGGCAGAGAUGAGAACUAUACAUAUAUUUUCCCCAACAUGGUGUCCACAGAGCUGUCAAACAAUCAAUUAAAUGGGAAUGUUCCUUCUGAUUUGGGAAAGUUGAAGGCAUUGAAGCCGCUCAAUCUUUCUAUGAAUAAUCUUAAUGGUACUAUUCCAAAUAGUAUUGUGCAAAUGAUUUGGUUGGAAACAUUAGAUCUUUCUACAAAUCAUUUUUCUGGACCAAUUCUUUCAAAUCUUGGUUCUUUAAGUUAUUUGGGAGCUCUCAACAUUUCCAACAACACCCUUUCAGGUAUUAUACCACAAGGUAUUAUACCACAAGGAGGACACAUGACAACAUUUACUAAAUUGUCUUAUUUAAGAAAUCAAAAUUUAUGGGGAUGUCCACUACCAAAGAAAUGUUCUUGGCCAGAAUUUGCCCCAGUUCCUCCUCCUGUUUCUACAUCUAGUAAUGAAGAAGAGCAAAGUGAAGAAAGUGGGUGGUAUGAGAUUGGAGUGGGACUGCCAUAUGGAGCAGGUUUUGCAACAGUGGUUGUAUUUAUUGUAUUAAGAAAAAAGUGGGGACAUAAAUAUUUUGAGGUAGUGGAUUUGGUUUUGAAAUUUAGUUUUCCAUGGUUCCGCAAUUUGACAUUGUGAAAUUCCAUCUUUUGUUGAGAUCUGGCAAUUAUUGUGAGCAAUUCCCAUAUACUUUUAUAAUGUUUUAAUUCUUAUUUGGUGUUUUAAAUAGAAGUUAUUUUUUGUACUUUGUAAAAACAACCAUUUUCACUUCAAAUUAUUGAUAAAUCUUAUAUUUUUCAUUUGAAAUAUAUUUACUAAGAUUAUAUUAAACUUUUGUUUUAUGCAAACCUUAUAUUUCAGUAAAAAUAAUGGUGGCAUUUACAUCAUUUUCUUUUGUCAUCUCCUCAAAAUUUUCUUGAAGCUUCCUAUUAUUAAAUUUUAAUGUAGUGAAUGGUAAUAUUGUUGAGAGAUUGCAUACACAGAAAAGCUCUAAUAUCAAAUCCAGUUUGGAAGUUUUUAUUUAUUUUUAUACGAUUAAUAACUAUUCCAAGUCAUUAUUGUUGAUUCUUUCUCUUUUUCGAAUGUUUAAAAUAUGCAUAAUCUAUAUUGAACAUUUGGAUCAAAAGAGUAACUUAACUUACAGUAUUUAUGUUAGAUUUGUGUUUGCAAAGGAUCUCAAAUGAUCAUAUUAGUAUUUCAUGACACUAUAAUUAAGAGAAUAAAUAUUUUUUCACCAUAUUUCCUCCUUUCAACAACUAUAAGUACUUUGUUUAUAAUUUUAAUUUUUGAUGGAAAAAGACAGAAUGUUAUCAUAGCCUUUAUCUUGUCAUCGCAUAAUCUCUUCAAAUUUCUCUUAUAUAUGGUAAGUACUAUUUCUCAACAUUUUUAUUUUGUCAUUUUAUUAUUUUAAUUGUAUAAUUUUAUCUUCUGUGGUUCAAUCAUUUUGUUGCAUUCAUAUCUAUUAAUAUAAUGAGAAUAAUUUUGAUUUCAUAGUAUUUGAAUGUUUUGAUAUAGAAUUUAUCAAUUUCUAUAAAGAAUAAAAAAUAAAUCUGCAAUUUUGAAAUUAUCUAUCAAUAAAAUUCUAAAUUUUAUUAUGUUAUUGACUAUUGUUUCAGUAUAAUUUUGAUUUGUUGAAGACAAUAUUUUUCCUUCUCUUUUACAAUUAGAUUGUUUAGAUAAAAUGAUUACUUAUUAAUAAUGAAAUUUCCUCAUCAAUAUUUGUUGACGUGAAUGUUUCAUCAUGUUAAUAAAUCAGUUUUGUCCUAUUUAAAUGGGUUAAUAGAAGUUGAAGACACUGUUGUAACUGAAUCUUUUCUGAAUGGUUCUCCUUCCCAUCUUUACUGAUAAUAGAUCUAUUCUAUUGGCCAUUGGCCUACAGAUGAGAACUGCCUUUAAGAGGGUCAAUUUUUUUAUGUUUUAUUGCACGAAAAGGUAUACUUACUGUUUAAGCUCUAUACAAUGGACUCCAAAUUCACUGGAAUGAAAUUAAACCUGACACGUCCAAAAACUUGAGCUUCUUCACUGGACAACUUUAAUGGUGGAUCAAUUAUCUCAACUGUUAGACCGUGGUAGUGAGUCUGCAGCGUAGGACUGAAGGUGUGUCAAAAGAGGAGUAUUUCGCUCCAUUUGAUUGCCUGAAUCAAUUAUGGGAGCUUGAUAAAUGAUAUUUUGUGCAAAUGUUUGACAGAUCUGCUUGACUCAUAAAUAGCAUAGAAGCUCAUGUGGGUGAACUUAUAACCAAAUCACUCAGGGGUGGGCGAUUGCCGUGUACAAUGCCUGCCACAAGUUUUUCCAUCUUUCAUCAUUUAGACUUGGGGUUAGAAGAGUGGACGAAUUAUUUUGCCUUUCUUACUCCUCUCUCUGCUAUGGGCAAUGGAAUCACCUUUUUUGGGCCUGUUUCUGAUCCUAAAGAUCUCCCAAAAUGGAAUUAUGAUGGAUCUAGCAUUGCACAGGUGCUUGAAAAGGACAGUGAAGUCAUUCUACAGUUAGUUCUUUAUACCUAUAAUUCAAAAUUAAUAUUGUUUAAGGAUCAGCCUGUGUGGAAAUCUAAGCAUGCUCUAUUUUUCUUUGAUCUGUUCAGCCCUCAGGCUAUCUUCAGAAAUCCAUUCUGUAGGAGAAAGAACACCUUGGGGAUCUCCGAUAGAUACAAAUUUGGGUGCAAACAGUCUACAGCUUUCAAGGCCCUAAAAAUGGAUAUGCAAACUGAAAUCACGCCGAAUAUGAACCAUUAAAUUCAAUACCAGAAGCUGUUUAAAGUGUAAACUAAUUAUGCUUGCCAUUCCUCUAUGAAGAAAGCUCAAAAAUUAGAUGCAGAACCCUGCUACUCAUGAGCAAGAGAUACAUGAAUAUAAUCAAAAUCUCAGUUAAAAAAACGAUACAUGAAUAGUUGCUGAGUAUUUGGAAAUUAGUUGUAGUAUUUGAAGAUUCUGUUUAUACCUUCAUCUUAAGGUUUUUUGAGAUAGAAAUGUUUGAUAAAAAUUUUUAAUCAUUUUUUCUCAUUGUAUUUUGAAGUCAAGAUAUAUGCAGACUCAAGAACUAAUAAAUAAAACUACACUUGAAGUUGCUCACGUCCUGGUGCUACUGACUCAUUUUGAGGUAAUGCUCAAUGUAUUGUUGCCCAGGUCUCUUUGACUUCCACCUCAAUUAGAAAUAGGCCAUCCUGGACGUCGUCGAGGAGGCAGCCAGUCUGUUCAUGGCAAUUAGGAUGCUUAUUCUUAAGGCUCUCCACCUCAUGUGAGAAGAGAUCAUCAUGUUGUGCUUAUCACCUGGCUUUUGGUGGUGGGACUGCUGCCUGGUCAGACUUUAGCAAGUUCUCUUGGCUAGGCAGACAUUAGCAAGUCCUCCGAUUCUCGCCAUUUCUCCUAUUUGAGUUGCUAUCCAAGAUAAACAAGAUGUUAGUAAUGAUUGGGGACCCUCGCAUGGACACAUUGGACACUAUUGAUGUAUAGAACAAAAUGGAUGACCAACAUCUACCUCUUCCUCCCUUUGUUCUUCCUCUCACUGUAUAGCAGCUUGAAAUUGUGAUAUUGUGAUAUUGUAUAUAUCCCUGUAAGAAGAACGAGGAAUUCUUCUUACAGGGAUAUGCUGACUUGGAUUAUGCUGGAUUUCUAGAUGAUCGCAAAUCAACUUCAGGCUAUAUUUUUCAUCUUGGAUCUGGCCCUAUUUCGUGGAUGAGUAAAAAACAGAAUGUCACAUCUCUUUCAUCCACUGAAGCUGAAUAUCGAGCUGCCCAGGAGGCUGUCCGUGAGGUGGUUUGGCUCUGUCGUAUUUUCUCCGAUAUGGAUAUUUCAGAUGAUCGUCCACCCGUACUGUUCUGUGACAAUCAAGGUGUCUUAAAACUUGUUAAGAAUCCUGUCUUUCAUGAACGCACCAAACACAUUGAGUUCGGGAACAAGUUCUUGAGCACAAUAUUCAACUCAAGUUUUGUCCUUCCUCUUCCCAGGUUGCAGAUGUACUCACUAAGCCACUAAGCCUCUUGGCAAAGUGCAGUUUGUAUUUUUCCGUAGCUUUAUUUGUAACCCUAAUGUAUUAAAGGGGGAAUGUUAGCGUUAAUUCAUUAGGCUGUUAGUUAAGGUGAUAGUUAGUUAGUUUGCCAGUUAUGCAACCACCCUUAAUGUGUGUUUUCCAUCGGAUGCUAUUCUAUUUAUUUGCCUUGUUCUGUUUCUCAAAUCACUUUCAGCAAUUUCACAAUCUAUCCCUGUGGCUCAAUAGGAGGCGCCUUGGGGAGGCCUUACCUUAGCUACAAUGGGUAAACUAGCGUGAGAUCUGGAUCUGCCCGUUUUCGGUUGUAAACCAUUUGAAUUCACCCUGAGUAUAUAAAGUAUAAACUGUUAAAGUCAACACAAAAAGUUAUUAAAUAAUAUCUAAAUUAGCCAUGCUUGCUAUUCCUCUUCAUUGGAUUAAUGAUCGAAACA